CCCUCUUCCCGCAAGUAACCGCCACCCCCACCACCGGAAUCCCCCUCCCCCUCGCCCCUCGCUCUCUAGGGUUUAGGGUUCCGGCGAUAUGUCGACGGCGAAGCCCCGCCCCACCGCCACCCGCGGCGGCCCCGCACCCGCCGCCACCCGCGGCGCACCCGCACCCGACGCCCCCGCCGCCCCGACCGCCGCUCCCGCGGCCGCCGCGAAGCCCGCCGUGCAGCUGCGCAAGCCCGUCUUCACCACCAUCGACAAGCUGCUGCCGCAGACGCACGGCCACAACCUCACCGCGCGCGUCCUCUCCGCCCGCGCCGUCCUCGACAAGCCCGCCGCCCGCACCCGCGUCGCCGAGUGCCUCGUCGCCGACCCCACCGGCACCGUCCUCUUCACCGCCCGCAACGGCCAGAUUGAGAUGCUGAAGCCAGGCAACACGGUGAUCUUCCGCAACGCCAGGAUCGACAUGUUCAAGGACACGAUGAGGCUGGCGGUGGACAAGUGGGGCCUGAUCGAGGUGGUCGAGGAGCCCGCCGACUUCAAGGUGAACGAGGACAACAACAUGUCGGAGAUCGAGUACGAGCUCGUGAACGUGCCGCCGAAGAAGCAGGAGCGUAAGAAGUGAGCGGUGGACCGGACCGGCUCUCUCUGGCUGUGGACAUAGAUUUUGGGAGGCAGUGGGUAGCAGUAGUAGGUUCGCUUCAUUAUCCUGGAAUGCGCUAUUAGUAGUAGUGAAAAAGGCUUCAGCAGGAAGGAAGGCCUGGUCUCUUUGGGUUUAUGGAUGGGAUCGUGUUCUGUGUCGGUGGUGGCGUCGUGUAAUUGGCCAGCCUAUUAAACUUUGUUGGUAUGGAGUUUUGGAUGCUGUUCUGAUGGCAAUAUUCUGGGAUUAUCAAGUGAUGCGCUCUUCUGAAUCA